AAUGUAAAAGGGACAGCAAAUGUUCUUCGGCAUUUCAUUCCUCUUAUGAUCCGAGGAGGAAAAGGAAUUAUCGUUAACUUCUAUUCAAUGUGGGGAAGAGAUGGUGCUCCCAUGUUUUCUCCCUAUAGUGCCUCUAACUGGGCAAUUGAGGGCUUGACCAAAUCCAUAGCUUUGGAGCUGCCUAAAGGAAUGGCUAUUAUAGCACUUGAUCCUGGUAUUGUGAACACAGACAUGCUUGCUAUUAGCUUUGGCGAUUCAGCACCUGACUACCAAAAUCCUCAACAAUGGGUAGUAAAGGCGAGCACAAUGAUCCUUAGUUUUACAUCGGAAAAUAAUGGAGCGUCUCUCACUCUUGAAUGAGGUGGAGCUUGAGUGAUGAACUUCAGUUUUGAGGAAGAAUGUGCAUAAAUAAAGAUUUCUUAAACAACAUUACUGCCAAAUUUUAUAGAUUAUAUUUCUAAAUGGUAUUCUUAAUAAGUUUGUUAAACAUAUACUCUGAUUAUGAUUAGCUUAUGACAUGUGAGACACCAUCGUCAUAUAUCAUGUAU